AUGGCUGCCUGCGGGUGUCCGAGCAGUGGGGCUCUCUCUUCCUCUCCGAGCGGCUUCCUGACGCCGCUAGUGGGCGGGGCACCCCGCGCCGCCGCCGCCGCCGCCGCCUUGUAUCCGCCGCCACUGCCGCCGCCGCCGCCGCCUCAUCGCGACUUCGUCUCGGUGACGCUGAGCCUGGGCGAGAGUUACGACAACAGCAAGGGCUGGCGCCGGCGCUCGUGCUGGAGGAGAUGGAAGCAGCUGUCGCGGCUGCAGCGGAGCGUCGUCCUCCUCCUCCUCGCCUUCCUGUUCGUGUGCGCGCUGCUGUCCUUCAUGAACGCCGGCGACCGCUGGCCAGCUCUGAGUGAGAGGUCAGAGAAGCAGCAGGUACUGGUGGCUCUCCCUGGACUGAAGCCCAUUCGCCCACCCGCCAUGCCGGCCCCUCGGACAGCCCGCGCUGGCCCUGACUUCCUGGCGGCACCCCCUCAGGGCCCUCCUCGGAAGCACUUGCGACGGGGACCACCCAACCUGCAGAGCAGGGCCCCUGACACUGGCGGGAAGGCCCAGCAUCAAGACGGCCUGGACGAGGAGAGGGGGCGGCCAGGUGAUGGCCACCAGGAGGAAAGCCCACCCAGGACCAUCAUCAGCUGGAGAGGAGCAAUGAUUGAGCCGGAGCAGGGGACAGAGCCCCUGUCCAGGAAAGCAGCUGGUCCCUCCCCACCGCCACCAGCCCCCCAAGCCAGGACUCAGAAGCCAGCAGGCCCCUCGAACCCACGCCAGAAGGCCGUGGUGGACGCCUUCCGCCACGCGUGGAAGGGCUACUGCAAGUACGCGUGGGGCCACGACGAGCUGAGGCCCCUGUCCAGGUCCUUCAGCGAGUGGUUCGGCCUGGGCCUCACCCUGGUAGACGCUCUGGACACCAUGUGGAUCAUGGGCCUGACCAGAGGUCGGAGCCGACUAGACGUCCGCUCGGGGCCCUUCCCUCCCAACACCCCCGCCCAGAGUGAGGGCCUCCGGGAGUGUGGCGGCAGGUACCCCUUCUCCCCUCCGCCCGACCCUGGCCUCGUGGUCAUCAAAGUCUCUUCUUUUGGUGUAAAAGCCACGUUUGUUUCCUCGGGGCUCAUGGUUGCUCAAGACAAUGCAGCGCUAAUCAGUGCCACCUUGGCCCUGGUUCUGUUGUCCCUCUCCCACCUGGGCCUCGGCAGCAGCUGUGUCCCUGGGAAGUGGGGCCAUCAGGAGCCCUGCCCUGUCCCCCUGCAGGAGGCUGUGGAGGAGGUGACGCGGCGGGUGCACACGCUGUCUGGGAAGAAGGAUGGGCUGGUGCCCAUGUUUAUCAGCACGCACAGUGGCCACUUCACGCACCUGGGCAUGUUCACGCUGGGUGCCCGCGCUGACAGCUACUACGAGUACCUGCUGAAGCAGUGGCUGCAGGGCGGGAAGAAGGAGAUGCGGCUCCGGGCGGACUACGUGCAGGCCGUCGAGGGCGUGAAGAGGCACCUGCUGAGGCGCUCAGAGCCCAGCAAGCUCACCUUCGUCGGGGAGCUCGCCCACGGCCGCUUCAGCGCCAAGAUGGACCACCUGGUGUGCUUCCUGCCUGGCACCCUGGCCCUGGGCGCCCACCACGGGCUGCCAGCUGAGCACAUGGACCUGGCCAAGGGGCUGAUGGAGACCUGCUACCAGAUGAACCGCCAGAUGGCGACGGGGCUGAGCCCCGAGAUCGCCCACUUCAACGUGGUCCCCCAGGAGGGCCACCAGGAUGUGGAGGUCAAGCCGGCAGACAGGCACAACCUGCUACGGCCGGAGACAGUGGAGAGCCUGUUCUACCUGCACCGCUGUACCGGGGACGCUAAGUACCAGGACUGGGGCUGGGAGAUCCUGCAGAGUUUCAACGCCUACACGCGGGUCCCCACGGGGGGCUACUCCUCCAUCAACAACGUCCAGGACCCCAAGAAGCCUGACCCACGGGACAAAAUGGAGAGUUUCUUCCUGGGGGAGACGCUCAAGUACCUGUACCUGCUCUUCUCCGAGGACGCCGACCUGCUCAGCCUGGAUGCCUACGUCUUCAACACCGAGGCCCACCCCCUGCCCAUCUGGACGCCCACCUAGGGCCUGGUCCCCAGGCACGAGCAGGGGACAGAGGCCAGGCGCAGUCUUGGGGCCUAUGGAGGAGCCCUGGGCAGAUUGGCCACUGCUGGCCGUCAGGCUGUGGGCAGACAGCCCAGAGAACACCAGCUGGACACAUCCUAGGGCCCAGCACCAGCCUUAGCAGCUCUGGGUCUCCUGGUCAGGAGCCAUCGGGGACGCGCAAGAAUAAAUGCCAUAGCUGUGGGACCCAG